AUGCGGCCGAGUCACUCGAUUGCCGUUUUACUUUUCGCACUUGCACUUUAUGGAACAGCAAAAGCUGAUGACGAUAAUCCGAUAACGAGUCGCUUCAAAUGUCGAUCAAACGGCUGUUGCGAUCACCACGAAUGGUGUCGCUUCUGGGCGUCGGUUGGCGAGUGUCGAACGAACUCUGAAUGGAUGGAGGACAAUUGUCAACUUGCUUGCGGGACAUGUCGGAAGAGGUUGUUGACGAUGAGACGACCAAAUCCUUUCCGACCGGCCUCCCCUCCCCGACCACCAGUCACCCGUCCACCCACUCGUCUCACCCGGCCAACUUUCCGACCAACAACAGCCCCUGUGACUGCUGCCCGAACAUUCCCACCCCGUCAACCAGUUACAAGACCUCGACCAGUGUUUACCCAAACGCGUGCUCGAGUCACCGCUCCACCAACGAGACUGAACCGUCCCCGUGUUCCACCAUCCCGGCCAUUCACCCGUCAGCCGUUUCCCAAUCUCACAAUGAGACGACGUCUCCCAUCUAGACUCAACGCUGUCUUCAAUCGUCGCCCUCCUGCAGUCACCGUUCGUCCUUUCUUCACGCAAACCACUCGUCAGCGUACGACAACACCGAUUACUCGACCACCUCCUCCACCACCACCUCCACCACCACCACCACCACCAGCUCCCCGUCCAACCCCAGCGCCUGUCAUCGUCCAAGCGAACCCUGGACAAAAUCUAUCUCCCCCACCUGCUUUCCAUGAACGCUCAACAGCAGCUCAGAAUGCCCGCUGUCUCCAACUCUUGCGCAAUCCACCCGAGAAUCUCGCCGAGAUCCUUCACCGCGAACGUCUCUUCCAACCAGUUGAGGAUCAAUCUGGGCGACGACCACUCGAUUUGGACCAAGUGGUGCGAUCGAAUCUCGCCAAUGCUUGUGUGCCGAGAAAUGACGAAGCCGAGUGUGAACGAUCGGCUUGUUAUCAUUUAUACUUCAGAACUUUCGACGGAACGUGCAACAAUGUGAGAGAUCCACUCCAGGGUGGUGCUUAUCGUCCGUACACUCGCCUCCUCCCGCCCAACUACGAUGAUGGACUGCAUGAGCCUGUUGGUGGCCUUUUCCCGGAGUCUCGUCCAAAUCCUCGUGUCGUCACCCGUACGAUCAUUUCCUCGGAUGAACAAGUGCUCUCCAAUGAAUUCAACGCGCUUCUCAUGCAAUUCGGGCAAUUUGUAUCGCACGAUAUGGCCAAGACGACCCUGGUCCCCUCAUCGAAAUGCAAUGUUUGCCAGAAUAUGACCUCUCGUUGCAUGGCCGUCCGAGUGAUGCCUGAUGAUCCAAAUCAGACUUUCCGUCACGAUACCUGCAUUCGUGUCUCUCGAUCGUCACCAAUUUGUGGCUCUGGAAAUUUGAAACCCCGACAACAGCUUAACGAGAACUCGAACUAUAUUGAUGCAUCUCCGAUCUACGGAUCAUCGGUGUUUGAUUCGAAGAAAUUCCGCGAUGGUCGAAGCGGUCGACUUCUGUUGCCAAUGUUCAACGGAAUGCAGAUGCUCCCAUUCGAUACUGGCUCAUGCCGUGGCUCUCGUUCCUCAUGCAAGGUGAUCUUCCGUGCCGGGGAUUCCCGUGUAAAUCUUUUUGUCGGUCUCUCUUCUUGGCAUACUGUAUUCACCAGAGAACACAACAGAAUAGCCGCUCAAUUAGAACGCUUCAAUCCACACUGGAAUGGUGAUCGAGUGUUUAUGGAAGCUAGAAAAAUCGUCGGAGCCGAAGUGCAAGCAAUCGUCUAUCGUGAAUAUCUCCCAAAAAUCCUUGGCUCAGCCUUUGCCACAACUGUUGGUGAAUACUUUGGAUACGAUCGAAAUGUCGACUCGACGAUCGCAAACGAAUUCACCUCAGGAGCUUUCCGAUUCGGUCAUGGAAUGAUUCAGGAAAUGUAUCAACGCUUGGAUGCAAAUUUCCGCAAUAUGAGCAUCGGACCGUUAGUUUUAGAGCACGGAACACUGAAGUCGGAUACUCUGAUCUUUGAGGGAGGACCUGAGGCGAUGAUUCGCGGAAUGUUGGUGCAGCCAGUGAAACGCCCGCAACGUGUCACCCCAGCGGUCACCGAGAAAAUGUUCGGCUCCACUGAUUUGGCCACUAUCAAUAUUCAGCGAGGCCGCGAUCACGGACAUCAACCUUACACCAAGUACCGUGAACUCUGCGGAAUGGGUGCGGCGGCGAAUUUCGACCAAUUGGGCAGGGAGAUUCUCUCGACGAGUAUGAGACAACGAUUGCAACAUCUUUAUGGAAGUGUUGAUCGAAUCGAUUUGUGGGUGGGAGCGUUGGUUGAAGAUCCGGUUGUGAGAGGCCUCGUUGGACCAACAAUCGCUUGCAUCAUCGGGCCACAAUUCAAGAGAACAAGAGAUGGAGAUCGACUCUACUACGAGAACCCGGGAGUGUUCACGCGAGCUCAACUGAAUGAGAUCCGAAGGAGUUCUUUGUCGAGAAUACUCUGCGAUAAUGCGAGGGGACUUUCUAUGGUUCCCCGUGAAGCUUUCCGUCUCGGUCCAUUCGUUUCUUGCGGUCAAAUCCCAUCAAUGGACCUAUCGAAAUGGAGAGAG